AUGCGCGCCCCGCCGCCUCCCGCGCGGCUGCUGCCGCUGCUGCUCCUGCUCGCGCUCCUGGGCGCGCCCGCCGCCCGCGCCAGCAGAGCCCAGUCCGCCGGCCCUCCGCAGCCCGGAGCCGAGCGCCAGCCGCGGCCGCCGCCCGGCCCAGGGCCCGGGAACGCCACCGGCACCGGGUCCGGGGAGGCGGCGGGCGGCGGCGGCGGCUCCAACAGCAGCGGCGACGCCUUGGUGACCCGCAUCUCCAGCCUGCUCCGCGACCUGCCCACCCUGAAGGCGGCCGUGAUCGUGGCGUGCGCCUUCACCGCCUUCCUCAUCGCCUGCCUGCUGCUGCGAGUCUUCAGGUCUGGGAAGAGGCUGAAGAAGACCCGCAAGUAUGACAUCAUCACCACUCCCGCCGAGCGAGUGGAAAUGGCCCCGCUGAACGAAGAGGAUGAUGAGGACGAGGACUCCACAGUAUUUGACAUCAAAUACAGGUAAAACCUGUGCACCAGCGUGUUGGCGUCCUGUGGCAAGCUGGUCAGCUGAGGCUGGGGGUGUGAAGGAUCUGGAAGCUGUCCCACCCGAGGUGUUGAAACCAAAACAAACACUAUUUGUGCAACUGUGGCGCACUCCUGUGUGUGUGUGUGUGCAACAUCGGCUCUGCGUGUCACUGCAGGAGACACCACCCUCUGGACGCCCCUUUAAAACGUCACCCCUUCCUUCCCUCCCCCCAGAGGGCUUUUGCCUUGCUGAGGGGCAGAAACAGGCUGAUUUUUAAAAUAACUUUAAAGCAACUCUGUCGACAAAAGUGAGAGAGAUCAGAAGUGGGUUUCCGACAGUCCACUCUCCUGGAUCAGCGAGGUUUUAGGUGUGGUUUUUCUGGGCUUGCUGGAGCUCUGGCCUUUCGUUGGUGGUGACUGCGUCCAAGUUUUAGAGCGCGGGGCGUAGAGCUGCUCAGCUCAUAGCAGGUGUAAACAAGUCCUUGUGGUUCCUUUUCUUUCUUUUCCAAAGGGCUCAGCAGAAUUGGCCAAUGGCUAGCUCACAAAGAAUUCUGAAUAUCAGGGAGAGACCUAUACCUGUGUUUGCUGUGAGUGUGUGUGUGUGUGUGUGUGUGUGUGUGUGUGUGUAUACACGUGAGAUCAUUUCUCCAUCUCCAAAGAGAAGAGAAAGUGCUCGUCCCCUUCAGUUAGUAAUAUCUGUUUUUUCUCCACCCUGUCACCGUUUUACGUUGUUGGUCUUAGAAAUGGAAUUAAAAAAAAAAUCACUGUGAUAAUUUAAAUGAAUGGUGAUCUAGUUGGCUGAUAAAAAACCCUCUGCCAGGGACUGUGUUUGCUGUUGGUCCAGGCCAGGGUGGUCCAGGAGCCUACCCGGCCGCAGGUGGGGCCGGGGGUCCGGGUGGCGGGCUAUCACAUAGCUCCAGCGCUCAACACUUGCCGGCUUCUGGAAGCGGGGCCUCCGGCUGACUUCUCAGGACGCUAGAGGCCUCCCGCUUCCCAGUGUCCUUCUGGCUAAAGUCUCUGGGCAGUGCCUUGGGGGCCUGGGGACUCUGUUCUUUCUGGAAGGAUGUUUUUUAAAUUUUUCUAUCUCCUCUUUCCUGGCGUUCUGCAGGGCUCCCAUAUUUGCCUGUAUAUUGGCUCCUCCACUGCUUGGGAUUAAAAACUCCAGCUUUUUCCCACUUGCCUCCUCUAUUCAAAUUCUUCAAAUUCUUCCCGAGAAGGGGGCUGCCCUGCUCUGGGGUCCCCUGGCCCCCAACCCCACUGGGCCCAUCAGGCUGACCCGUUGGCCUGUGGGGGACAGAGGACGAUGCUUGGGGAUGGCCAACCUGAAGAUGGGGGCACGCUGCCCCUUGGCGCCUCCCAGGACCGCACUGCUUUCGCUGACCUUCCUUCUCCCUUUCUCCACCCUGUUUGCCGGAGGACUGGGCCGGGUUUAUCUCCGCCGUCCACUGUGUCCUCGCAGGGGGUGACUCACCUGGGAGCUGUGUACCCUUUGAACUGGAGCCAUGGCCCCCACUCGCCUUUGUAUCCUCGGAGAAGCUGGAAUUUUCUGCCUGAUGCGUAAACACCAGGUGCUUGCCACCGGGCCUGGCAGAGGCAGCCCCCAAGGAUGACCUUCUGGAUGCCAGAGCUCUGGCACCAUGGGCUCUUAAAUAAAAACUCUUCUGGCGCCAA